AUGGCUUUAGCUGCUUCUAGAUCUACUAGAGUCAAUUCUAGAAGGUUUGUAAUCAAUAUGGAACAAAAUAAGAAAGCAACAGGGGUUUCGUUGGUUAAUACGGCUGAUGCGGUGGCUGAUGUGUUGAAGUUUAAUCAAUUAAGAACAAGGAAAAAACAACUUAAAUUCGCUAGAUCUCCCAUUCAUGACUGGGGUUUGUAUGCAAUGGAAAUGAUACCAGUGGGUGAAAUGGUAAUCGAAUAUGUUGGAGAGGUAAUUAGACAAGCAGUUGCUGAUCGUAGAGAAAAAGCAUAUGAAAGAAUGGGGAUCGGGUCUAGUUACUUAUUUAGAGUUGAUGAUGAUUUAGUUGUGGAUGCAACUAAGAAAGGUAACCUUGGUCGAUUGAUUAAUCAUUGUUGCGCACCUAAUUGUACGGCCAAAAUUAUUACGAUCAAUGGUGAAAAGAAAAUUGUGAUUUAUGCUAAAGCAACCAUUGAACUUGGUGAUGAAGUCACUUAUGAUUAUCAUUUUCCAAAAGAAGAUGUUAAGAUCCCAUGUUUAUGUGGUUCUUCAAAAUGUAAAGGAACUCUUAAUUGAAAGCGUUCAUUUCACUUUGAAAUGUGUUUUGCUUUGUUUAUGUGGAUCUUUUAGUUGGAUGAUUUCUUAGAGAAAGAGUUUGUAAUUUAUUUAUGUUGAGAAAGUAAUACUUAGUCAAAAUGUAUAUUGUUUAUGUGAAAUCAGAUUAAUUAAAUAG